AUGAGCGGCGAGGGCCUUAUUCUGGCUGAGGGAGCCAAGACUCCACCACGUAAAACUAAAACCAAAUCACACAAUGCACCCGAUUCUGCUGGCACUCCAGUCCAACAGCGUCGCAGUGAUAGAAUUCGUAAGAAAAUGGCCGAAAUUGUUAAAGAUGCGGGAGAGACAAUCACAACCCCACGAGGAUCUUACAUUCACUCCAAGUUCCCAUCACAUAUGGAAUUCCUCGGUAACUCUGCAUCUCCGAGACGAGUUGAAUUGGACCAAUUCAAGAGAAGGCUUCAGUUUAAGAGCGGUGCGCGGAGCAAUCUAAUGCUGACAGACGCAUAUAAGAACUUUGCAAGGGAUGUUAAAGUUAAGGAGUUUCAGGAGGAUCAGCGAGACAAACGUAAUAAUGCCCAUUUGAAAAGCCGUGGUUUGUCCUUGGCUGCUGUCUCCAAAACCCGUCAAACCAGCGUAACCGCAGCACAAAAGGAAGGCGAGCCACCCAAGGUACAAUUUGUUCCGCGCCAUAAUUUGCGACCACGUGUGAAACAGGUUUCUCUAGAAGAGUCGAAUUCAGACGUUGUUUUGCAUGACGUGAACAUUUGCGGUUGGGGAAAUCCACAAAAAAACCUUGGCAAUUAUCUUAGUAUUUGUUGGGAUUAUAAUUCAGACCUAGAUGCAGACAAAGAUCAGACACUCCCAGAACGUGUUCCAUGCAUUCUUCAACGUACCAAUACAGCAGGAGCAGUUAUUGAAUCCGGCAUGAUUUAUCAUCCGCAGAUUAUUGUCAACGAAGAAAAGGAUCACUUGAACGGAUACUGUUUCACAAUCCAGUCAGAACUUGCCUUGAAAUUUGAAUCAGCACAGCGAGUCUUGUUUCAACAGGCGAGCGAUCUCAUCCAAGCCUCCUUCUUUCAAUACAAUAUGGACCUGUCUUUGGAUUCAAGUCUUGAUGAUGGAUUUACCGUUGAUAUUUUUGUGUCGUCGGCUCCUUCCCAGAAUUUAGGUGACAUCACAGUCCGAGGGGUGACGCAGUUCAUCUUUAUGAAGUCGUACAUUUAUGUCGACAAGAUUUGUGUGGCACAGAAGUAUCAUAAAAUGGGAAUCGGGGCUUUUAUGAUGGAAAGGAUCUACAAAAUCGCCCGAAAGCGGAACAAGGACAUUCUUUUGUACGCACUUGGCCCUGUUAUAGGUGCAUACAAGAAAUGGGGUUUCGAAUAUUGUAAAGAGUGGCCGCCGAUCCCCAAGGACAUUGGCGUGAUCAUGCGGAAGCGUAUUCGCACGGAAGGAGUUAAAGACGAAUAUGUCGGCUUGGAGUGGGAUGGUACAGGAUUCUCUUAA